GCUCCGAGGCCCGCCCAAGCCACCGCCUCUCACUUUUCCCAGGGCGGAUGCGCCUGCGCUCAGCUGCCUGGGCGGGCUGGGAGGCGCGGGUUGAAAAGUCUCGUUCCAAGUUUGGAGAGAGAGAGAAGAGCGCCUCAGACCUCGGUACCCGCAAGCGGGGAGGAGGCAGCAGAGAAGGACGCAGCGUCUGGGGAGCUCCCAGGCUGUAAAACGGAGCUCAGGCUUCGAGAGCUAGAAGUGUGUGACGCGCCUGGGAAAGGCAGGAGCGCUUGUGGUUGGGCUGCUCUUGGCUAGCAGGGGGAGUCCGAGGCGGCGGCGAGGGGCGAACGACCCGACGCAAGAUGGCGAGUAAAGAGAUGUUUGAAGAUACUGUGGAGGAGCGUGUCAUCAAUGAAGAAUAUAAAAUCUGGAAGAAGAAUACACCGUUUCUGUAUGACCUGGUUAUGACCCAUGCUCUUCAGUGGCCGAGUCUUACCGUUCAGUGGCUUCCUGAAGUGACUAAACCGGAAGGAAAGGAUUAUGCCCUUCAUUGGCUAGUGCUGGGGACUCACACAUCUGAUGAGCAGAAUCAUCUCGUGGUUGCUCGAGUCCAUAUUCCGAAUGAUGAUGCGCAGUUUGAUGCUUCCCACUGUGACAGUGAAAAGGGUGAAUUUGGUGGCUUUGGUUCUGUAACAGGAAAAAUUGAAUGUGAAAUUAAAAUUAACCAUGAAGGAGAAGUAAAUCGUGCUCGUUACAUGCCGCAGAAUCCUCACAUCAUUGCUACAAAAACACCAUCUUCUGAUGUGCUGGUUUUUGACUAUACGAAGCACCCUGCUAAACCAGACCCAAGUGGAGAGUGUAAUCCUGACCUUAGGCUAAGAGGCCACCAAAAGGAAGGCUAUGGCCUUUCUUGGAAUUCCAAUUUGAGUGGACAUCUCCUAAGUGCAUCUGAUGACCAUACUGUCUGUCUGUGGGAUAUUAAUGCAGGACCAAAGGAAGGCAAAAUUGUGGAUGCUAAAGCAAUUUUUACCGGCCACUCGGCUGUUGUAGAGGAUGUGGCCUGGCACCUGCUGCAUGAGUCCUUGUUUGGAUCUGUUGCUGAUGAUCAGAAACUUAUGAUAUGGGACACCAGGUCCAAUACCACCUCCAAGCCGAGCCACCUGGUUGAUGCGCACACUGCCGAGGUCAAUUGCCUGUCCUUCAAUCCCUACAGCGAGUUCAUUCUCGCAACUGGCUCUGCGGAUAAGACUGUAGCUUUAUGGGAUCUGCGUAAUUUAAAAUUGAAACUCCAUACCUUUGAAUCUCAUAAAGAUGAAAUUUUCCAGGUCCACUGGUCUCCACAUAACGAAACCAUUCUGGCUUCAAGUGGUACUGAUCGCCGCCUGAAUGUGUGGGAUUUAAGCAAAAUUGGAGAAGAACAAUCAGCAGAAGAUGCAGAAGAUGGGCCUCCAGAACUCCUGUUUAUUCAUGGAGGACACACUGCCAAGAUAUCAGAUUUUAGUUGGAACCCAAAUGAGCCUUGGGUCAUUUGCUCAGUGUCUGAGGAUAACAUCAUGCAGAUAUGGCAAAUGGCUGAAAAUAUUUACAAUGAUGAAGAAUCAGAUGUCACAACACCGGAACUGGAGGGGCAAGGAUCUUAAACCCAAAGUACGAGAAACGUUUCUCUUGAAUGUAAUGCUACACGAAUGCUUGACUUAUCAAGCGCAAAAACAGCAUUGUAUAGUAGGCAGUUGAAGUGGGUGGCAUAUGGCGUUCUUUACCUUCUGAUCCUAGCACUUUCAAGUGAGCUAUUGCGUACUGUAUCAUAUUGUAGCUUUUAGGGAAGAAUGUUGCUUAAGAAAGAUUAUCAGCUUUGUUUUAAAAUACAAGUAAGCAGGGUACUGCCUUUGAUUAACUAUAAGUCCUUGUUUUCUUCUCUAAGUGCUUGCUGUUCCCAAAUAUGCAAGAAUAACUUUUACACUUUCUCCCUCCAACACUUCUUGUUUGGCUUUGCAGAAAUAAAGUUUUAAAAUAAA